AUGAGCAAAGCCAAAGAGUUUGCUUUAAAAUUAAAUGAAGACUUUGAGCCAACAAGCGGUUGGCUAUGGCGUUGGAAACGCAGGGAAAAUAUUAAGUAUAAGAAAAUCCAAGGUGAGCUAGUUGACGCAGAUACUGUAGGAGCUGAUCUGUACCAACAAGAGGUUCUACCGAACCUGAUUUCAGAAUACGAACCAUGCAAUAUCUUUAAUGCUGACGAAAGCGGCCUUUGUUUCAGAGCCUUACCAAAUGGUACAUUGACAAAAAAAGGUAGCACCCCAAAAGCAAAUACCACUUCGAUCUUCAAGCCUCUCGACCAAGGUAUAAUUCAUUGUUUCAAAGCCUAUUACCGUCAAAUCAUAGUGCGGAAGCAAUUACUGGCAAUCGAGAAUGGUCUUACAAUUAAACAGUUUUCCAAGUCAAUCACAAUUCUCAGAGCACUCAUGUACAUCAAACGAGCUUGGUGGCUUGUGAAACCCGAUACGAUUUCAAACUGUUAUCAAAAGGCUGGCUUCCUUCCUGAUGAAAACAGUGAACCUGAAGUCGAAGAAAUAUGGGACGUACCAAUAGAACCAACAAUAUUUGAAGAUUAUGUCCAAUACGAAGCUUUAAAAGCGUUGACGACUUUAGGUGGACUUUUGUGA